AAUAACACCCGAUAGACAAACAAUCACAGUUCAUUGAAGACACACACACACAUACACAUACACAUAUAUAUAAAUUACAACUUGAUUUGUAUAACAAAAAAAACUUUCUUUGAAUUAAAGCGCGAAAUUUUCAAGUUUGAUUACGCGUCUGUGCAAUCAGAACAUUGGAAAAUUAACAAAGUGAUGCUGCGAUAAGUGGCUUGAGAGAAAGAACAACAAAUACUUAAACAAAAUUUAAGGAGUGCAAGGAUUAAAUCAGUACUCAAAAGAAAAAUGGCGCGCACUUUUAGAGUGCCAUUGUUGGUGACGUUACUGGCGAUUACACAUGCGGCCAAACUAGACAAUAGAUAUUUGCCACCCCCACCCAAUGCUGCCACAGCGGGAGGCGGACCUGGUUUACAGGGUCCAGGCGGAGGUGGAGGCGGUGGCCCUGGAAGACCCGGUGGUUCGGGUGGAUAUGGUGGAGGUGGUGGUGCUGGAGCUGGCGGAGGUGGAGGAUUUGGUGGCGGCGGCGGCGGUGGUGGUGGAGGAUUUGGUGGCGGAGGUGGUGGAGGAGGCAACAAUGGCCUAGGCGGUUUCUCCGGAGCAGGCGGACCUGGUCGACCUUUUGGACCUUCCACCGGUGGUGCUGCUCCCCGACCAGCAGCUCCUUCUGGGCCCGCAGCUCCUGCUGGACCUGUUAUUCCCAUUCUAUCCUUUGUCAAUGAAAACGAUGGCGAUGGUAACUAUCGCUUCAGUUAUGAGACUGGUAAUGGCAUUAAAGCUCAAGAAGAGGGUACCGUUAAGAACAAAGGUUCAGACAAUCAAAUACCUUCGGUUAUGGGAACGUACACAUACACAGCGCCCGAUGGUCAAGUUAUCGAGGUGGCAUAUACCGCAGAUGAGAAUGGUUUCCAGCCAUCUGGUGAUUUGUUGCCCACACCACCACCAAUACCAGAAGCAAUUGCCAAGGCCUUAGCUGCGCAGGGAAUACAACCGGCUCCUGGUGGUGGUUUCAUAGGAGGAGGAACAGGUGCAGGAGCCGGAGGUGGUGCCGGUGCCGGUGGUGGAGCAGGACGUGGUGGCGGUGCUGGCAGCUAUGGAGGAGCUGGUGGAGGUGCCGGUGCAGGAGGAUUUGGUGGUGGAGGAGGUGGUAGAGGAGGCGGUGCCGGUGGAGGUGGUGGUUUUGGUGGAGGCGCCGGUGCUGGUGGCAGAGGAGGAGGUGCUGGAGCAGGCGGAGCCGGUGGUGGCUUUGGUGCUGGAGGAGGUGCAGGCGGCGCUGGUGGCAGAGGAGGAGGUGCUGGUGGCGCCGGAGGCUUUGGUGGUGUGGCUGGCGCAGGUGCCGGCGGUGCUGGAGGAUUCGGUGGCGGUGCCGGUGCAGGAGGUGCUGGCGGCAGAGGAGGCGGUGCCGGAGCAGGCGGUGCAGGUGGAGGAGGUUAUGGAGGUGGUGCUGGCGCAGGAGGUGCUGGCGGCAGAGGAGGCGGUGCCGGCGCAGGCGGUGCUGGUGGUGGAGGAUUUGGUGGUGGCGCUGGUGCCGGCGGUGCUGGAGGAUUCGGUGGUGGUGCCGGUGCAGGAGGUGCUGGUGGCAGAGGAGGCGGUGCCGGAGCAGGCGGUGCAGGUGGAGGAGGUUAUGGUGGUGGUGCCGGUGCGGGUGCAGGUGGUGCUGGCGGCAGAGGAGGCGGUGCCGGAGUUGCUGGAGGAUUUGGUGGUGGUGCCGGAGGUGCUGGCGGCAGAGGAGGCGGUGCCGGUGCAGGUGGUGGAGGAUUUGGUGGUGGCGCUGGUGCCGGCGGUGCUGGAGGAUUCGGUGGUGGUGCCGGUGCAGGAGGAGCUGGUGGUAGAGGAGGCGGUGCCGGAGCAGGCGGUGCAGGUGGAGGUGGUUAUGGAGGUGGAGCCGGUGCCGGAGGUGCUGGAGGAUUCGGUGGUGGUGCAGGUGCAGGAGGUGCUGGCGGCAGAGGAGGCGGUGCCGGCGCAGGCGGUUAUGGCGGUGGUGCCGGUGCUGGAGGUGCUGGUGGUAGAGGAGGUGGAACUGGUGCUGGAGGAUUCGGAGGUGGUGCCGGUGCAGGAGGUGCCGGCGGUAGAGGUGGUGGAGCUGGCGCUGGCGCUGGUGGUGCUGGUGCUGGAGGAUUUGGAGGUGCCGGUGCUGGAGGUGCUGGUGGCAAAGGUGGUGGUGCCGGUGCUGGUGGAGGAGGAUAUGGUGGUGGAGCUGGAGGUGCAGGUGGAUUCGGUGGUGGAGCUGGUGCUGGUGGAGGAUUUGGUGGUGGCGCCGGAGGUGCAGGCGGUAGAGGUGGUGGAGCUGGCGCUGGUGGUGCUGGAGGAUUCGGAGGUGCCGGUUCUGGUGGCAAAGCUGGUGGAGCUGGUGCUGGUGGAGGAGGAUAUGGAGGUGGAGCUGGAGGUGCAGGUGGAUUCGGUGGUGGAGCUGGUGCUGGUGGAGGAUUUGGUGGUGGCGCCGGAGGUGCAGGCGGUAGAGGUGGUGGAGCUGGCGCUGGUGGUGCUGGAGGGUUCGGAGGUGCCGGUGCCGGUGCUGGUGGCAAAGGUGGUGGUGCUGGAGGUGCAGGUGGUUUCGGUGGUGGUGCCGGUGCUGGAGGUGCCGGUGGUAGAGGUGGUGGAACUGGUGCAGGCGGUGCUGGAGGAUACGGAGGUGGUGCCGGCGCAGGAGGUGCCGGUGGUAGAGGAGGCGGUGCAGGCGCUGGUGGUGCAGGUGGAGGAGGUUUUGGUGGUGGAGCUGGAGCAGGAGGAGCAGGCGGAUUUGGUGGCGGUGCUGGUAGCGGUGGUGCCGGCGGAAGAGGAGGUGGUGCUGGUGCAGGAGGAGGAUACGGAGGAGGGGCAGGUGGUGCGGGAGGAUUUGGCGGUGGUGGAGCUGGUGGUAAAGGAGGUGGAGCCGGCGCAGGUGGUGCUGGAGGUAAAGGUGGCGGAGCUGGAGGGGGCUAUGGUGGCGGAGCUGGUGCAGGCGGUGCUGGUGGCUUCGGUGGUGGUGGUGCUGGAGGUGCUGGUGGUAGAGGAGGCGCUGGUGCCGGUGGCUUCGGUGGAGGUGCUGGCGGUGCGGGUGGAUUUGGUGGUGGCGGUGCGGGUGGAGCAGGUGGCUUUGGAGGUGGUGCCGGUGGUAAAGGAGCUGGUGCAGGUGGUUAUGGUGGCGGCGCUGGAGCAGGCGGCAAAGGCGGUGGAGGAGGUUUCGGAGGUGGUGCAGGUGGAGCCGGUGGUGCUGGUGCAGGCGGUUUCGGUGGCAAGGGAGGUGCUGGUGGUGCUGGCGGUGGCAGUGGCGCUGGCGGUGGUGCCGGCGGUUCUGGUGGCUUUGGCCCAGCCCCUGGCCUACCUGGUCGUGGCCAUCCUAGUGGUGAUUUUAAUCCCCAAACUGGUUACAACUACUAAAUCUCAUUCACAAAUGCCUCAAUUCUCAAUGCAACGAUAUCUGCCACAAAUACUCGUAGCAUCUAAGAUUCUAUAGCUAUUGUCUACUUUUUUCCUACUUUAAACACCCUUUUUUCUUUCCGCAUAGCCCUUUUUUUAGAUCCCGAAAUCACCACUGUAACUCAUUUUAUUCAAAUCUAUGAAAAUAUGCCUAUAUUUAAUUAAUUUAAGUGAAUUCCUUCUCAUAUCCUGACCAUGUCUAUCAACUUAAGAAACUUUGUUUCAAAAAAAAAAAAAUCAUAGUAAAAUAAGUUAUCAUUGUUAAAUUUGCUUUUUGAAGAUGGCUAGUGAGCGAUUUAAAAUUUGUUUUCUAGAAUUGUUUAGACCUAUGAAAGACGAAACAAAGCAGCAUUUGCCAAAUUCUAUGUAAAUAUAAUUAAGUUUGAUUGUACAACAAAGGCAAACAAAUAAAAAGAAAAUUAACAAAUUU